CCGCCGGGAACGGUUCGUAGCGGGGCGAGGCGGUAGAACUACGACUCCCAUGGCCUAGUGCGUGCUGCCCGGGUGUAGAGCCGCCCGGCUGGCGGCGAUGGAAGCGUGGCGCCGUGUGAGGCGGGGCUGCAGCCGGUGCGGCUGCGGGGGAAGAGGCCGACACCCCAUGCUGCCCCGUCACAUGCAGAGGCUGGGCAGAGAUUGGGUUGCCCACUGGGAUAGCCCUCAAAGAUUCUGCUGGAACAGUUGUAUCUCCAAUUCUAUAAGGUGGGCUGAUCACUAUUCUUGGGCUCCGUAUGUCAGCACUGCGGAUUUUACAGUGAAUUGGAGACCGCCUCACUUUUUUGGGCCUUGGAGACCGCCUCACUUUUUCGGGCCUUGGAGACCGCCUCAGUACUGGAACUGGCAACGUGAUAACUUCACACACAACUCUUCUUUUCAUCUCUCUAAUCCUAAUAUGAAAUCCGAGGGAGAUGAACCUUCUUCAAAAAGGAGAAGACACAGUGGUCAGAAUGAUGUUUGCAGUCCUAAUGAAGAAAUUAGCAGCUCUAAUCAGAAUGAAGCAGCCUGUCUUUCUACUCCACCAAAAAAUGAAAAAGAAAAUACUGCAAACACAAGAGGCCUGAUCAAAAGACAUUGGGAGUAUUUCUGUCACCAUAGUAAAACAAUGAAGAUUCUUGAAGAUAAGCAAAUUGACCAAAACAAUACAGAAGACAAGGGAAAGUUUGAUUUUACUGUGAUGUCCUACAAUAUCCUUUCACAGAAUUUGUUAGAAGAUAACUCCCACCUGUAUAAACACUGCAGACGGCCAGUGUUAAUGUGGGGUUAUAGAUUUCCCAACAUUCUACGGGAAAUCAAACAACUGGAUGCAGAUGUACUGUGUUUGCAAGAAGUACAAGAGGACCAUUUUGGAAUGGAGAUCAAGCCGAGUUUGGAAUAUUUGGGUUAUCAUUGUGAAUAUAAAAUGAGGACAGGAAGGAAACCUGAUGGCUGUGCUAUUUGUUUCAAAAUUUCCAAAUUUAAUCUUCUCUCUUCAAACCCAGUGGAAUUUUUCCGCCAUGAUAUUCCACUCUUGGACAGAGACAAUGUUGGACUAGUGUUGCUUCUGCAGCCCAGAUUUCACUGUAAAGCUACUGCUGCAGUCUGUAUAGCCAACACGCAUCUGCUGUAUAAUCCAAGGCGAGGGGACAUUAAACUGACCCAACUGGCGAUGUUACUGGCAGAGAUUGCCAGCGUUGCCCAUCAGAAAGAUGGUAGAUUCUGUCCUAUUAUCAUUUGUGGUGACUUCAACUCUGUUCCUGGUUCUCCACUGUACAGUUUUAUAAAGGAAGGAAAGCUGAAUUAUGAAGGACUACCUAUAGGAAAGGUGUCUGGGCAAGAACAGUUUCCUAGAGGACAAAGGAUCCUAACUAUUCCAAUUUGGCCCCCAAGUCUAGGCAUUUCACAGAGCUGUGUGUAUGAGAUACGACAGCAGCAACAAGAAGAAAACACAGGUGGAGAGAAAAAAGAAGCGGAACUGGAGCACACAGAAGAGAUCGUAAUAGCAGCUGAAAAGUUUCCUUCAAAAUUACAACACCACUUUAGAUUAUCUUCAGUCUAUUCUCAUUACUUACCUGAAAGUGGGGUUCCAGAAGUAACAACUUGUCACUCCAGAAGUGCUGUCACUGUGGAUUACAUUUUCUAUUCUGCAGCAAAGGAUGAUAGUGCUGCUCAGCCAGGAGUUGAAGAUACUUUUGAUGGAGGUCUGAAGCUUCUUGGUAGAUUAUCACUUUUAACAGAGCAAGAUCUGUGGACAGUUAAUGGUCUUCCCAAUGAACAUAACUCUUCUGAUCACCUUUCCUUACUAGCUCAGUUCAGGCUUAUUGAAGAAUAAUUCCCAAAUUAUUUUUAUACCUGCACUUUCCUUCACCACCUCUUCUUCCUGUAAUUUUUUUAAUUCAAGGACUGUCAGACUGGUUAAAUUAAGUUCGCCUGCAUGCUGAAUUUUUAGUGUUGUGUAAAGUAGAGUUUUUAAAGAGAUUUCUUUGUAAAGUUGCUUAAAUUACUUUGUGGAGUCAUUAAGACAAAAAGAAAUGAGUUUACAUUAGCUUCCUCUUUUUGAUAAUGGAAAAUGUCUGUGCCAUAGUCUGAAAAUGGCAUUAUUUUUAAAAAAGAUGUUUUUAUUGUAAAUCAUAGUAAAAUGGGUGAUGGUUCUUAAGUACAGUGUACUUCUCUCAAUCCUUCAAGCAAAAGAUUGUGUUUGCAGCAAGUUUCAUAAUGAACUCAAAGUAGAUUUCUAUGUAGUUUCAAGUGUAUUCUAUUUCAAGUUGCUUUUGUUGCCCUUCCCAAAUAUCUAAAUAUUGGGCACAAUCUUGGAGUCCCUCAGCAGGAAUUUAGCUAAUGCCAGGGCAGCAGGAUUGAGCCUAUUCUUGCAGUGUAGUAAUUAGUUAUGUUCUAAAAAAUGAUUGUAUAAUGGUUAAUCUUACAAGAGUACAACAUGUUUUGCUGAUGUGCAGAAGCUUUAAAAAGAAUCUGAAAUGAAACCAAAUAGGCAAUUUGUGGUAUCUGAACACACAGCGGUAAAGCACAGGUAGAUCUGAAGGAGCUUUCAUGUUUGAACACUGUGUGUGUUUGUUUGAAACAGACUUAUCUGGGAGUCAGACCUUUUGAGGUUUUGGAAGUGUUUAUGGAAUAGAUGAGGCUGUUUUUCAUGUAUUCAUCAUUUAAAUAUUGUAACAUUACUACAGCUCCAGAAUAGUCAGUAUUUAAAGAUUCCCUCAUGUUCAGUUUCAUAAUACACCAUGACACAGCACACCCUGCAAAACACCUAGGAUUUACAGAUGAAACUUUAAUGUGCUACUGCAUUAACAAACUUCUUGGCUGAGGGGAGGAGAAACAGAAAUUCUUGUGACUUAAAUUAUAUAUGGAUCUGUGUGUGAUUGAGUUAACUAGGGGGAAGGGAUAGCUCAGUGGUUUGAGCAUUGGCCUGCUAAACCCAGGGUUGUGAGUUCAAUCCUUGAG